AUGUCAGAAGAUUCAGAAAAGGAAGACUAUUCAGACAGAACAAUCAGUGAUGAAGAUGAAUCAGAUGAGGAUACCUUUAUGAAGUUUGUAAAUGAAGACAUCCAUCAAUGUGCACUUUUAACAGCUGACUCUAUUAGUGACCCAUUUUUCCCCCGGACUACACAGAUACUAUUGGAAUAUCAGCUAGGGAGAUGGGUGCCACGUCUUCGUAAACCACGAGAUUUAUAUGGUGUCUCGUCUUCUGGUCCGCUGAGCCCAACACGGUGGCCAUACCACUGUGAGGUCAUUGAUGAAAAAAUCGAACAUAUUGAUUGGACCCCUUCGAAUCCUGAGCCAAUGUACAUCCCCACGGGCCUGGAGAUGGAACCCCUUUAUGCAAACUCCAAGGAAGAAACUGUGGUUUAUCUAGCUGAAGAUGCCUACAAAGAGCCGUGUUUUGUGUAUUCCCGAGUUGGGGGCAACCGGACACCCUUGAAGCAGCCUGUGGAUAACUGUGACGAUACUUUGAUGUUUGAAGCAAGGUUUGAGAGUGGUAAUCUACAGAAGGUAGUCAAAGUGGCAGAAUAUGAAUAUCAGCUGACUGUGCGACCUGACCUGUUCACAAAUAAACACACCCAGUGGUACUAUUUCCAAGUCACUAAUACUCAAGCAGGAAUAGUCUACAGAUUCACUAUUAUCAAUUUCACCAAGCCUGCUAGUCUUUAUAAUCGGGGUAUGCGCCCACUGUUUUAUUCUGAGAAAGAGGCCAGCGCUCAUCAUAUUGGCUGGCAGAGAAUAGGAGACCAAAUCAAGUAUUAUAGAAACAACCAGGGGCAAGAUAGGCACCAUCAUUUUUCACUUACAUGGACAUUUCAAUUUCCACACAGUAAAGAUACCUGCUACUUUGCUCACUGCUAUCCGUACACUUACACAAACCUGCAAGAAUACCUGUCUGGCAUCAAUAAUGACCCAGUACGGUCAAAGUUUUGUAAAAUACGUGUCUUGUGCCACACAAUUGCUAGGAACAUGGUGUAUAUUUUAACAAUUACUACCCCCUUGAAGAACAGUGAGUCAAGAAAGCGGAAGGCCGUGAUUCUGACUGCAAGGGUACAUCCAGGAGAAACCAACAGCUCUUGGAUCAUGAAAGGCUUCCUAGAUUAUAUUUUAGGAAACUCAAGUGAUGCAAAGUUGCUUCGGGACACGUUCGUCUUCAAGGUGGUACCCAUGCUGAAUCCAGAUGGUGUGAUUGUAGGAAAUUAUCGGUGUUCCUUAGCUGGACGGGAUUUAAACCGUAACUAUACAUCUCUCCUGAAGGAAUCAUUUCCUUCUGUCUGGUAUACCCGGAACAUGAUCCGGAGAUUGAUGGAGAAACGAGAGGUUAUUUUGUAUUGUGACCUUCAUGGCCAUAGCAAGAAAGAGAACAUAUUCAUGUAUGGCUGUGAUGGUAGUGAUAGAUGUAAAGCAUUAUACUUACAGCAACGAAUCUUUCCACUUAUGCUGAGCAAAAAUUGUCCAGAUAAAUUUUCAUUCUCAUCCUGCAAGUUUAAUAUUCAAAAGAGCAAAGAGGGAACAGGAAGGGUGGUGAUGUGGAAAAUGGGGAUCAGGAACAGCUUCACCAUGGAGGCCACUUUUUGUGGAUCUACUCUGGGUAAUAAAAGAGGCACUCAUUUCAACACGAAAGACCUGGAGUCAAUGGGAUAUCACUUUUGUGACUCUCUCUUGGACUACUGUGAUCCAGACCGAACCAAGUAUUAUCAGUGCCUGAAAGAAUUAGAAGAAAUGGAGAAACAUAUAAGCUUGGAAAAAGUCAUUGAUGAUUCAGAUACUUCUCUGAAAGAAAUUACAUUGGAUCUAGAGACUAGUAGCCAUGCCUCUGACAGUUCAGAAUCCAAUGACUCUCAGACUGAUCUUCUCAAGUUAAAUUCUCAGAUAAAAACCAAGAAAAAACAACUAAAAACAAAGAAGGAAAGAAACUCUACCAUAGAAAGACAUCAAAACAUCAGAGAAGAGCAAGAGGUUUGUGAUAAAGGACAUUUAGUUCAAGGACACAAAGAAUCAGAUUCUGAUGUGACAGAUACAAGACCUUCCAUAUCAGAUGACUGUAUAUUUGAUUAUUUCAGAAGACAGCUCCCUAAUCAAGAUCUGCAUUACAACUUAAAAAGCAAUAUGAAAGAAUGUCCAUCUUUCCAAAGCAAGAAGGCUGAUAUAAACUGGACAGAUGAUGAAAAAAGAAUCUACAGGGAUAAAAAAAUAGCUCAAACUCAAGAAAUAUUGCAGUAUUUGCUCCCCAUCAUGCAUAGCACUAAAAAUGUGCAAACCACUCAGAUAAAAGAGGUAUUCAACCCAAGAACCAGCUUUCAAAUCCAACAUCAACAAAAGCCAUCUUCUAACAUAAACAUAAGGAAAUGCAGCGCAUCUUGGACACCACCCAGAAAUCUCCCUUUGAUAAGCCAGAGGACUCUUAUAGUAAGCUCUUCAAAAUGGCUCCAGCCUCUGUCCCGAAAGUCAUCUGAAAGUUCGCUGCCUCUUAGAGGGCCCAAGAAGAGGAGAAAAUGUUCUCGAGUCAAGGCCACAAAGACUAAAGACAUGAAAGCUGCCAUCAGCAAAUGGGAGAUGACUCCCUCAAGUUCUGAGAAGGAUGCAGACAAGAGUCUGCAAGCUGAAGGAUCCAGCCCGCAAGGCACUAUGCAGACAGCCUCCCAUCCAACUAAAACUAAGGGAGAGCAGCCAAAACAGAAGCAUGGCCAGCCCACCUUUCACCUGAAGUUGCAGAGGGACACAUAA